AUGUGGGGUGUUGGUGUGGUUGGUUUGUUUGUUUUGGGGGUGAGGGGGAUUGAUUAUUUUGUGGGGGGGUGGGGUGGUGGUUGGGGGGGGGGUGGGUGGUGGGGGGGGGGGGUGUGUAGGGUGGGGGAGUGGGUGGGGUUUGUGUGGUGUGGGUUGUGGGGGUGUUGGGGGGGGGUGGGGUGGUGGGGGGGGGUGGGUGUGAGGUGUGUUGGGUUUAUUGGGUGGGUGUUGUGGGGGUGGGUUUUGGGGUGGAUUUUUGGGUUGAGGUGGGGUUUUGGGUGUGGGGUUUGUGGGUUUGUGGGUGGUGAGUGGGGUUGUUGGGGGUUUUUUGGUUGUGUGUAUGGUGGGUUGUGGGGGGUUGGUGGUUGUGGGGGGGGGUGUAUUUUGGUUGGUGGUUGGGGGGGUGGGUGGUUUGUGUUGUGUGGGAUUGGGUAUUGGGGUGGUGUUUUGGGGGUGGGUUUGUGUUUAGGUGGUGGGGGGGGGUUUGGGUUGUUGGGGGUUGUUUUGUGGGGGUUGAUGGGAGUGUUAGUAUUUGUUAGGAAGGGGGGUGGGGGUGUGGUGUGGUUGUUGUUUGGUGUUUGGGGGGGGGGUGUUUGGGUUUGGGUGUGUGGUUGGGUGUUUGGGGGGGGGGGGGGGGGUUUUGUGGGGUGUGGGGGGUGGGGUUGUUGUUGUAGAAUAAUAUAUAUUUUUUUUUUUGGGGGGGUGGGUUGGUUUGGGGGUGGUGUGGGGUUUGGUUGGUUUGUUGUGUGUUGGGGGGGAGUGUUGGGUUUGUUUGUGGUGGGGGGGGGUGGGUGUUUGUGGUUAUGGGGGGUGGAUUUGUGGGGUUGGUUUUGUUGGAUUUGGUUGUGGUGUGUAUGUGUGGGGGUGUGGGGGGUGUUGGGGGGGUGGGUUGGUGGGGGGGGGGUGGGGGGUUUGUGGGGGUUAAGGGGUUUGGUUGGUUGGGGUGGGUUGGGUGUGGGUGUGGUGGGGUUUGGUGGGGGGGGUGGGUGUGGGGGUGAUUGGGGGGGGGGGGGGGGGGGGUGGGUUGGUGGGGGUGUUGGGGGGGGUGGGGGGUGGGGGUGUUGUUGGGGUUGGUGUGGUUGGGGUUGGUGGGGGGGGGGGGGGGGGGUGUGUGGUGGGGGGUGGGGGGUGUGGGUGGUGGGGGUGGUGUUGGUGUUGGGGUGGUGGGGUGGUGGGGGGGGGGUGUGUGGUGGUUUGUGGUUUGUGUGGGUGUGGGGGUUGGUUUUAGGUUGGUGUGGUGGAAUUGAUUGUGGGUGUUGUGGUUUGGGGGGGGGGUUGGGUGGGGUGUAUUGGUGGGGGGGUUGUGUUGGGGUGGGGGGGUGGGGGGGGUGGGGGGGGGGGUUGGGGGGGGGGGGGGGGGUUUUUGGGGUUUGGGGGGGGGGGGGGUGGUGUGGGAGGGUGGGUUGUGUGUGUGUUUUGGGGGUGGGGUGGUUUUGGUUUGGUGGUUGGGUGGUUUGUGUUAUAUUUGGUGGGGGUUGGGGUUAUGGAGGGUUGGGUUUGGGGGGGUGGUGUUGUGUGGUUGGGUUUGUGGUGGGGUGGGGGGGGGUGGGGUGUGUUUGGGUUUGGUGGGGUUGGGGUGUGGUGGGUUGGGUGUUGGGGUUUGGGUGGUGGUGGGGGGGGGUUUGGGGGGGGGUGUGGUGUUGUGUGUUGUUGUUGUUGUGGGUAUGUGUUUGGGUUGGGGUUGUGGGGGUUGGGGGGGUGGGUGUGUGGUGGUGUGGGGGGGUGUGUGGGGUGUGGGUGGUGUGGUUGUUUUGGAUGGUUGUGGGGGGGGGGUUGGGGGUGGGGGGGGGUGGGUGGGGUUUUGGGUGGGUGGGGGGUGGGUUGUUUGGGUGUGUUUUGGUGUGGUUUGUGGGGUGGGGGUGGGGGGUGGGGUGGGGGGGGUGGGGGGGUGGUGGGGUGGGGGGGGUGGGGGGGGGUGUUGUUGGGGGUGUGUUUGGGGUAUUUUUGUUUGUGUUGUUAUGUUGGUAUGUUUUUUUGGGGUGGGGGGUGGUGGGGUGGGUUUGUUUUGUGGGUGGGUGUGGGGGGGUUUGUUUGGUUGUGUGUGGUUGGGGGGGGGGGUGGUGUGGGUGGUUGUUUGUGUGUGUAGGUGUUUGUUAUAUUGGUUUGUUGGUUUGUGGUGGGUGGGGGGUGGUUUGGGUGGUUGUUGGGGGUUGUGUUUUUGGUUAUUGGGUAUUGGGUAUGUUGUGUUGUGUUGGUGUUGGGGGGUGGGGGGGGGGGGGGGGUUGUGUUUGGUGGGUAGGGGUGGUUGGGGGGGUUUUGUGUGAGGGGUGUGUGGGGGGGGGGUGUGGGGGGGGGGGGUGGGAUGGGGUUUGGGGGUUGGGGGUGUGUGGGUUGGGGGGGGGUUGGGGGGUUUGGGGGGGGGUUGGGGUUUGGGGGGGGGUUGGGGUGUUUGGGGGUAGGGGGGUGGGUUUGGGGGGUUGGGGGGUUGGGGGUUGGGGGGUUGGGGGUUGGGGGUUGGGGGUUGGGGGGUUGGGGGGGGGGUUGGGUGUUGGGUGUGGGGGUUGGGGGGUUGGGGGGUUGGGGGGGGGUUUGUGGGUGGGGGUUGGGGUGGGGUUUGGGGUUUGUGGGGGUUGGUGGGUUGGUGUGGGUUGGGGGUUGGGGGGGUGGUGGGUUUGGGGGUUGGGUUGUUGUGGGGUUGGGGGGGGUUGGGGGUGUGUGUGGUGUGUGUGGGUUUGGGUUGUUUUUGGGUUUUGUUUGUUGGUUGUGUUGUGGGUGGUUGUGGGGUUGGGUGUGUGUGGUUGGGUUGUUGGGGUUGUGGGGGUGUUUUUGGGGUGGUUGUUUGUGGUGGGGUGGGUGUGUGUGUUUGGUGGGGGGGGGGGGGUUGUGGGUGGGUGUGGUGGGUGGGGUGGGUGGGGGGGGGUGUGGUGGUGUGUGGGUUGUUGUGGGGUGGGGGGGGUGGGUGUUUGGGUUGGUUGUUUGUGUGGUGGGGUUUGGUGGUGGGGUGUUGGUGGGGGUUUGGUGGGGUGGUUUGGUGGGUGGGGUUGUGGGUGGGUUUGGUGUGGGGGUUUGGUGUUGGGUUUGGUGGAGGUGUUGUGUGGGGUUGUGUGGGUUUGGUGGUGGGGUUUGGUGGGUGGUGUUUGGUGGUGGGGUUUGGGUGGGUUGGGGUUGGUGGUGGUUUUGGGUGGUUGGUGUGGGGUUUGGUGUGGGGUUGGUGGUGGGUUUGGUGGGUGGGGUUGGUGGUUUGUUGGGUGGGUUUGGUGGUGGGGGGGGGUGGGGGGUGGGGGGGGGGGGGGGGGGUGGUGGGGGGGGGUGGUGGGGUGGGGGUGGGGGGGUGGGGGUGUUUUGGGGGGUGUUGGGGUGGGGGGUGGGGGGGUGGUGGGGGUGUGGGGGUGGGGGUGUGUGUGGGGGGUGUGGGUUGGGUGGGGGGGGGGGUGUGGGGGGGGGUUGGGGUGUGUGUGGGGGGGUGUGGUUGGUGGUUGGGUUGUUUUUUGGGGUUUUUUUUUGGGGGGGGGGGUUGGUGGGUGGGGGUGGGGUGGUUGUGUGGGUUGGGGGGGGGUUUUGGGUUGUUUGGUUGUGGGGGUGGGUGGGGUGGUUGUGGGGGGGUUGGGUGGGGGUGUGUGGGGGGGGGGUUUGGUGGGUGUGGUGGGGUGUGGGGGUGGGGGGUUGUUUUGGGGGGGGGGGGUUUGGUGGGGGGGGUUUGGGGGGGGGUUUGGGUGGUGUUUGGGGGGGGUGGUUGGUGGUGUGGGGGGGGGGGGGGGGGGGUGUUUGGGGGUGGGGGGGUUGGGGGGUGGGGUUGGGGUUGGUGGGGGGGGGGGGGGUGGUGGUGGGGGGGGUGGGGGGGUUGGGGGGGGGGUUGUGGGUGGGGGGUGGUUGUGGUGGGGGUGUGGUGGGUGGGUGUGGGGGGUGGGGGUUUGGGUUUGUGUGGGUUGGGUUUUUGGGUGUGUGUGUGGGGUGUGGUUUUGUGUUGGGUGGGGGGGGGGGGGGGGGUUUGUUUUUGUUGGGGGUGGGGUUUGGGUGUUGGGGUGUGUGUGGUGUGUUUGGUUUGGGGUGUUUGUUUGGGGUGGGGGGGGGGGGGGGGGGGUGGUUUGGUGGGGGGGUGGGUUUUUGGGGGGGUUGGGUGGGUUGUUGGGUUGUGGUGGGGUGGGGGGGGGGGGGGGGGGUGGGGGUGGUGGUGGGGUGUGGGGUGGGGGGGGGGGGGGGUGGGGGGUGGGGGUGGGGGGGGUGGGGGUGUGGGGGGGUUUUGGGUGGGUGGUGUGGUGUGUUGUGGUGGGGGUGGGGGGUUGGGGGGUUGGGGGGGGUGGGGGGGGUGUUUGGGGGUGGGUGUUGGGGGGGUGUUGUUGUGGGGGGGGUGUGGGGGUGGGGGGGUUGGGGGUUGGGGGGUUGGGUGUGUUUUGGUUGGGUGGGGGGGGGGGGGUUGGGGGUUGGGGGGGGUUUGUUGGGGUGUGGUGUGGGUGUGUUUGGUGGGUGGGGGGGGGGUGGGGGUGGGUUGUGGUUGGUGUGGGGUGUGGGGUGUGGUUUGGGGGGGGGGGUGGGGGUGGGGGUGGGGUGUUGGGUGGUGGGUGUGGGGUUGGGGUGGGGGGGGGGGGGGUGGUGGUUGGUGUUGGUGGUUGUGGGGGGGGUGUUGGUGGGUGGGUGGGGGUUGGUGGGGGGGGGGUGUGGGGGGUGGGUGGUGGUUGUUGUUGGGUUUGGGGGUGGUGUGUGGGGGUUGGGGUGGUUUUUGUUGUGUGGGGGGUGUGGGUGGUGGGGGGGGUGGUUUGGUGUGUGUGGGUGGUGGUUUGGGGGGGGGGGGGGUUGUGGGGGGGUGGGUGGGGUGUGGGUUGGGGUGGGGGGUGUGUGUUUGGGGGGGGGGUGGGGGUGGGGGGGGGGGUGUGUGUGGUGGUGGUGUGUGGGGGGGGGGUGGGGGGGGGUUUGGUGGGGGGUGGUGUGGGUUUGUGUUGGGGGGGGGGGGGGGGGGUGGUUUUGUGGGUGGUUGUGUUUUUUUUUGGUGGGUGGUGUGGGGGGGUGGUGGGGUGUUGGGUUUGGGGUGUGUGGGGUGUGGGGGUGGUGUGGGGGGGUGUUGGUGGUGGUGGUGUGUUGUGGUUUGGGGGGGGGUGGGGGGGUUGGGUGUGGGGGGUUGGGGGGGGUGGGGGGGGGGGUUGUGGUUGUUGGGUGUGUUGGGGUGGGGGGGGUGUGGGUGGGGGUUGGGUUGGGUGGGGGUUGUUGGGUGGGGUGGGGGGGGGGUGUGUGUGGUGUUUGGGUUUGUUGAUUUGUUGUUUGGGGUGUGGGUGGUUUGGGGUGUUGUGUGGUGUGGGUGGUGGUUGGGGGGGGGGGGGGGGGGUUUGUGGGGGGGGUUGGGUUGUUUGUUGGGGUUGGGGGUGGUGUGGUUUGGGGGGGGGGGUGGGGGGUGGGGGGGGUUGGGGUUGUGGGGGGUGGUGUUUUGGUGGGUGUGUUGGUAGGGGUUGA